GUCUCGGGCCUUGGUCCUGUCUCGUCUGGUGAAGUGUUCAGUGCGGAGUAGUUCGUCAGAUUCGUAUAAACAUAUUACUUGUUUGUUAACCCUCAUAAAAUCAAUAGUAAGACAAUUUUUAUCAAACAAUCAAGAUGAGGGAAAUCGUUCACAUUCAAGCUGGCCAAUGUGGAAAUCAAAUUGGAGCCAAGUUUUGGGAAAUAAUCAGCGACGAGCACGGUAUUGAUCCAACUGGCGCUUACCAUGGAGACUCUGACCUCCAAUUGGAGAGAAUCAAUGUCUACUAUAAUGAGGCAUCAGGCGGCAAAUAUGUACCACGAGCAAUUCUCGUUGAUUUGGAACCAGGCACAAUGGACUCUGUUCGUUCGGGACCAUUUGGACAAAUUUUCAGACCUGACAAUUUUGUAUUUGGUCAAUCAGGAGCCGGUAACAAUUGGGCAAAGGGACAUUACACCGAGGGCGCUGAAUUAGUUGACUCUGUUCUCGAUGUUGUACGUAAAGAGGCCGAAAGUUGCGAUUGCCUCCAGGGAUUCCAAUUGACUCAUUCACUUGGCGGUGGUACUGGUUCCGGUAUGGGAACCCUUCUCAUUUCAAAGAUCCGCGAGGAAUAUCCCGACAGAAUUAUGAACACCUAUUCAGUUGUUCCAUCGCCAAAGGUUUCAGACACUGUUGUUGAACCCUAUAACGCCACACUCUCCGUACAUCAAUUAGUUGAGAAUACUGACGAGACAUAUUGCAUUGACAACGAAGCACUUUAUGAUAUUUGCUUCCGUACAUUGAAAUUAUCGACACCAACAUACGGUGAUUUAAAUCAUCUUGUAUCACUCACAAUGUCGGGUGUGACGACAUGUCUCAGGUUCCCUGGACAAUUGAAUGCCGAUCUUCGUAAACUCGCCGUUAAUAUGGUACCAUUCCCACGUCUUCAUUUCUUUAUGCCUGGUUUUGCACCAUUGACAUCGCGCGGUAGCCAACAAUAUCGUGCAUUAUCUGUACCCGAAUUGACACAACAAAUGUUUGACGCGAAAAAUAUGAUGGCCGCCUGCGAUCCACGACACGGUAGAUAUUUAACAGUCGCCGCCAUAUUCCGUGGCCGUAUGUCAAUGAAGGAGGUUGACGAGCAAAUGCUCAAUAUUCAAAAUAAAAAUAGCUCCUACUUUGUUGAAUGGAUUCCAAAUAAUGUGAAGACAGCCGUUUGCGAUAUUCCACCACGUGGUUUGAAAAUGUCAGCGACAUUCAUUGGUAAUUCGACGGCAAUUCAAGAAUUGUUUAAGAGAAUUUCUGAACAAUUCACAGCUAUGUUCAGGAGAAAGGCUUUCUUGCAUUGGUACACUGGUGAGGGUAUGGACGAAAUGGAAUUCACUGAGGCCGAAUCGAAUAUGAAUGAUUUGGUGUCUGAAUAUCAGCAAUAUCAAGAGGCUACCGCCGAUGAGGACGCGGAAUUCGACGAGGAACAAGAGGCCGAAGUUGAUGAGAAUUAAAUUUUUUUUAUUUCUCUUUCAUUAUCUUCUUUUUUUUUUUUUUAAUGACGUUUUUAAAAAAAAAAAAAAAAAAAAAAUGUAAUCAUUCUCUCAAAUAUGAAAAAAAAGCUUUACGCUUCGUAACCUUUUUGCGAUAUCGAUUGAUUUUUUUCUUUAUAUAAUUCUCUUUCAUUUUUUUUUUUUACAUGAACUUUUUUCUUGAUUGCCCCCCCCCCUCAAUUUUUUAAAAAAAAUUUUUUGUUUUUUUUUUUUUGGUUUAAUGAAGACGCGGAAAUGAUUCUUCUCGUUCGCGAGAAAGAGACAUGUGUAUUAUUUUCGAAGUAUAUAUAUAUAUUAUGUGUCUUGCUUUUUUUUGGAAUUGUAAACAAGAUUUUCUUGUUAUUUUGUUUUUGUAUUUUUUUUUUUUUUUAUGUAUUAUCCUCUUUGGUAACGCGUCGUUUAAUGACUUUUCAGUGUAUAUAUAAUCGCCUCCGCGGAUACAUCUUUUAAUAAAUUAUUAUUGGUAAUAAA